GUCAUAUUGGAUAUAUUUACAUUGGAUUCCUUCGUAAUUUAGUUCUCGACUUUCCGGAACGAGGAAUUUUGACAACGUUACCGAAUGAAACUAUAUCUGUCAAAUCAAAAGUUUUGACAUAUACCUUUAGAGCUAGGUGGAGUGAAUAAAUAACUUUUUACUAUCUUAUACAACUUAAUAAAAUUGUUCCAAUGGAACCUAAUAUACCUGGAUCAUCAACAUCUUCAAGGGCUACUAGAUUUAUGAUGGAAGGAGUCGGAGCGCGAGUAAUUCGGGGUCCAGAUUGGAAGUGGGGCAAACAGGAUGGUGGUGAGGGGCAUGUUGGUACUGUGAGGAAUUUUGAGUCUCCUGAAGAAGUAGUUGUUGUGUGGGACAAUGGAACUGCAGCCAACUAUAGAUGUUCGGGAGCAUACGACUUGCGCAUACUGGACAGUGCUCCAACUGGUGUCAAACAUGAAGGAACUAUGUGUGAUACUUGUAGACAGCAACCCAUAUUUGGUAUUCGUUGGAAGUGUGCAGAAUGCAGUAACUAUGAUCUGUGUUCAGUUUGCUAUCAUGGUGACAAACAUAACCUCAGGCACAGAUUCUAUCGUAUAAGUGCCCCAGGAGCUCAAAGGUGUCUUGUUGAACCUAGACGUAAAAGUAAAAAGCAAGCAGUCAGAGGCAUAUUCCCUGGAGCAAGAGUUGUGAGAGGGGUUGACUGGCAAUGGGAAGACCAGGAUGGUGGUAAUGGUAGGCGAGGGAAAGUUAAUGAGGUACAAGACUGGUCAGCAGCGAGCCCUCGGUCUGCUGCAUAUGUUGUGUGGGACAAUGGUGCCAAGAAUCUCUACAGAGUUGGAUUUGAGGGCAUGGCAGAUUUAAAGGUUGUGAAUGAUGUCAAAGGCCAAAAUGUAUAUAAGGAACAUUUACCACUUUUAGGAGAACUGGGUCCAGGUCGCACUGGGCCUCAUGGUUUACAAGUUGGUGAUCAGGUGAAUGUGGAUCUUGAUCUGGAAAUAGUUCAGUCACUGCAACAUGGUCACGGUGGUUGGACAGACGGCAUGUUCGAAUGUCUCGGCACUACAGGAACUGUGGUCGGAAUAGACGAGGACCACGACAUCGUCGUCACAUACCCCAGUGGAAAUAGAUGGACAUUCAACCCUGCUGUACUGACUAAGGUGUGCAGCGGUAACCUGAGUGCCUCUGCGUCGUCGAGCGGUGCGGGCGGCGGCGGGUUCGCAGUGGGCGACCUGGUGCAAGUCUGUGCGGACCAGGAGCGAGUCAAGACGCUGCAGCGGGGACACGGCGAGUGGGCGGAGGCUAUGGCACCAACACUUGGCAAAAUAGGUCGCGUUCAACAAAUAUACCAUGACAACGACCUCAAGGUGGAGGUGUGCAAUACAUCGUGGACGUACAACCCUAACGCCGUCACUAAAGUCGCGUCCUCCGACGGGAGCAUCCCUGGCAACUCAUCAGGGGAACGUCUGUCAGCACUAUUGAAGAAGUUGUUUGAAUCCCACGUGACGGGCGAUGCUAACGAGGAGCUAGUGAAGGCGGCCGCUAAUGGCGACGCGACGCGCUGCGCUGAGAUACUCGGACGCACUGAUGCCGCGCAUGUUGAUGUUAACGGCUUCUACGGGGGACAUACUGCUUUACAGGCGGCAGCGCAAAAUGGUCACGUAGAAGUGAUCCGGGCGCUGGUAGAAGCUGGGGCAGAUGUAGACGCAGAGGAUCGCGACGGAGACCGCGCCGCUCACCACGCGGCCUUCGGGGACGAGCCGGCCGCACUGCGCGCGCUGGCCGUGGCCUCCGCCGACCUCAACGCCCGCAACCGCCGCCGCCAGACGCCACUACAUAUCGCUGUCAAUAAAGGCCACCUUGGCGUCGUACGCACUCUACUGCAACUCGCCGUGCAUCCUUCACUGCAGGAUUCAGAAGGCGACACUCCCUUACACGAUGUCAUUUCGAAGAAACGUGACGACAUGUUGACUUUAUUGUUGGAGCAUGGAGCUGACAUGACUCUUACGAACAACAAUGGUUUCAACGCUCUGCACCAUGCAGCUCUGCGAGGCAAUCCAAGGUAA